AACCAUUCGUCUACCACACACAACAUCCGACUUUCCGUGAAAUAAUAACAAAACAACACAACCCAGUCGAGUCGAGAAAAUUUUAAGUUUAAUUGAUUAAAAGUUAAAAGUGAUACAUUUUGAGACAAAACAUUUUCUGUUCGGCACACCAUACAUCCAAAAAGUUCAAUAUAAUACAUAACCUAUUAUCAAACGGGGAGAGGCAACAUCAAGUGCAACAAAAAAGCAUCAAUAGUGGAUGAAAAAAAGAAAAGAUAAAAAUAUCAAUCAAUAAAAUUUGGAAACCACAGGUUAAAUUAACAUUUUGUUAAACUAAAAGUUAAGAGUUAAACGGGGAAUCAAGGUGAAAUAAAAGAAAAAUCUAGCGAGUGGACGAAAGUUGGUGCAAAGUGGUGAAGGACACUGGUGAACAAUUUAGAGAGCUUUACAGCCAAAUCUAAAAUAGAAUCUGUCUCAAGCAGAGCACUAGAUUGUAUUGUGUUAGUGGAAGAAAAAUUAUAGAUAUAUCUGAAAAGAUGACCACAAAUCUUCGUCAAAUCCCAUUAACGUGCAGUGGCCAUACCCGACCUGUGGUUCAUUUGGAUUUUAGUGAUAUUUGCGAUAGUGGCUACUUUCUAAUAUCGGCAUGUAAAGAUGGCAGUCCUAUGUUGCGACAGGGCGACACUGGCGAUUGGGUUGGCACCUUCGAGGGCCACAAGGGAGCUGUCUGGGGUGUAGCCCUCAAUAAAACUGCCACUUUGGCGGCAACGGGUGCUGCCGAUUUUACUGGAAAAGUAUGGAAUGCCAUAACGGGCACAGAAAUUCAUAGUUUCCAACAUAAACACAUUGUCAAAUCUGUGGGCUUUGAUGCCAAUUCGGAGAACAUAGUCACCGGCAGCAAUGAGAAGCUGGUGCGUGUCUUCAAUCUGGAGCAACCGCAGGCCGAACCCGAAAUGUACAGUGGUCAUGGAGGUGCCAUAAAGCAGGCUCUCUUCUGCCGCGAUGAUAAAUGUAUCAUAUCGGCGGCCGAAGAUAAGACCGUACGUCUGUGGGAUCGUUUGACCGGCAACGAGGUGCAACGUCUAACAUUCCCCAAUAACCCCAACAGUUUAGAGAUAUCGGUCGACAAUCACAUACUCACCGUGGCCCAUGGCACCAGCAUCAGUUUCUGGGAUGUGGAUUCUCUGAAAAAACUGAAAGAAGUCAAAGUACCAACGAAUGUUUCAUCGGCCAGUUUGCAUCCGGAUAAACAUGUGUUCGUUUGUGGUGGAGAAGAUUUCAAAAUGUACAAAUUUGAUUAUAUUACGGGCAAUGAGAUAGAGUCUUUUAAGGGUCAUUUUGGUCCUGUGCAUUCGGUGAAAUUUAGCCCCGAUGGUGAGCUGUAUGCCAGCGGUUCGGAAGAUGGCACUCUGCGUCUAUGGCAGACAACAGUGGGCAAAACAUAUGGUCUCUGGAAAUGUACUGAACCCAAUGAAUUGAACAAUUCCCUCAAUUCUCCUCGCGAAGUACAAGCAAAUUAAACGUAUUAUCAUUCAUGUUUUAUUAUUACUUUCGCCUUUUAUAUAUUUUCCUACAACUUAUUUUUCUUUAACAAAGAGAAGACCCUUUUCGCAACAAAAUAUUUUCAUACAACCAUAAUCAUUGAUUGCAAAAAAAAAAAAAAAAAUAUCAUGAUUCUUCAAAAAAAAGAACGAAACUCAGCUAUCUCGUAUCAUUUAAGAUUUGUAUUUGAAAUGAAAGAAAAAAGAAACCUAUAAAAAU